UAACAUGGCGGGCUAUUUGUUUUAACGAAAAAUUUCGAACUGGACCAGUUAAUUAGGACCAUUAGCAAAAAUAGAAAGUAGAAUCUACCCUGGAAGCACCAACAUUUCGUUUUUUUAAUUCUAGCGAUAAUGUUUCGCUUAUUUUCAAUAGUUUUCUCUUGGUUAAUAUACAAAUUACCGUUACGCCAAUUGGCGGACGACGCCACCUUGAGUAUCUGAUGGGAAAGGAAGAGUUGCAUCGCGGUUGGACUUGUCAGCAAAGAUUACUAUAGUAAAGCUAAUCCUGGACACUUUAAUAUUUGCCCCCUUGUGGUGAUUAUAGGAAUUACUGCUAAGAAGGUUAUUGUCGUCGCGUCCACCGGUGUUUAAAGACUGAGAAAGAAUUGAUUUGAACGAGAUGGCUAAUGAAUAUGAGACUAAUGAGAAAGGUAAAAAAAGGAAGAAGAAGCGAUCUCAGAUGCAGAUGGCAAAGAAGUUCGCAAAUGGGCGAAAUCAUGGCUCCCACUUAGACUCUGACACAUAUCAAUACAUGGUGCGAAUUCUGGAGCUGAUGAGAGGUGAGUUUUCAACAUUGGAAGAGAAAUUAAUAUUCGUAAAUAAUGUGUACGAGCAAACUGUCGGUCACGAGAUCGAAUAUGCCCAAAAUCAACUCGGAUCCAGAGUGAUUGAUUCGCUUUUGAAUUACGCGAAUCUGAGUACGAUUCAGAGGUUAGUCGAGGCUCUUUGGCCCUCUUUGCGAGUGCUCGUCAAUGACAGAUUUGCCAGCCAUGUGCUCCAAAAAAUCAUAAUUGUUUGCGCCGAUAGGGGAAAUAAAGAUCUAUCCAAAUUGCGAACUUCUGAUACUAAUACAGAUUCUGCAGUACAGGUUGAAGAAUCAGAAAUAAAACUGUACAAUGAUAUUGUAUUAAAACUGAGUAAAUAUAUCGUAAACAACAGAGAGGAAUUUGUGUUCGAUACAUAUGCAAAUCAUAUAUUGAGAACUGUUGUAGAAUGUCUAGGUGGUUUGAUAGAUAAGAACGAAAGCAAUGACAAGAAGAAAUUGCUGUACGGUCCUAGGCGUCAGGUGAAUUCAGACUAUACAAACUUGCUGUUUUAUACUUGCAACAGCUUGCAAAUGUGGCCUCAGUUUCUAGAGUUUGGUCGAGAUGAGCUAACUUCUGGGAUGGUACAAAGUGUUUUGUACUCUUUGAAAGAUACCAAUCCAGCUCUUCUGGAGGUGUACAUUAAGAAAAUUACUAAUGGAUGCUUCAAACCAGGGGAGGAUCAGCGCUCCCGUAUUUUUGACGCCGAAUGUUCCUCCAGAUUAUUGGAAGCUUGUCUCGCGGUAUCAAAUGAAAAAUUGUUCAAUGAAAUCUAUGAACAAUAUUUCUCUAAUAAAUUAGAAGAGCUGUCUACAACAGAGAGCACAAACUUUAGCGUGCAGAGACUGCUGGACCACUGUGACUCGAAGGAAGACUUUGAGAAAAUAUUUGAUGAGAUUGAACCUUGUGUUCCUAAGAUUCUCAGCAAAGGGUACAAUGGCGUUCUAGCUUGCUUAGCGAAUGCUUGCUUAAGGGUGAGAACUAAACAGGGCGCGUUCGUCACAGCCAUUUUAAAAGCAUUUAAUUGCGAGACGAACGAGAGACAGCAGAGAAGUGUUCUGUGCAUAGCGUCUCUGAAAACGUGGGAGCAGCUGGAGGAUUUGCGUGGACAAAGUAACUCGAAGCUGUUCAUUAAUCUCCAUGGGAGUCUGAUUGUACAGGCUAUUCUCAGAUUUAAUAAACCAAUCAAGAUAGUUAAUUCACUGUUAGAAAUUAAUGUGGAGGAACUGCUGAACUUAUUCAGCGAUCCAAAGGGCAGUCGUAUAGCGGACGCCUUCAUCGGCAGCAUAUAUAUUGGCGAGAAAAAUAAGGAGAAACUUGCGAAAAGUCUUACAGGCUGUUGGGCGCAAUUGGCGUCCAGCACUCAUGGUUCCAGAAGUCUAGAGCAAGUAUGGCAUUGGUCGAAUAUAAAGCAAAAAACUCUGAUAAUGCAGGAAUUGGCUGAAGUCGGGGAGUCUUUGCGAUCAACGAAAUCCGGGCAGAUCAUUUUCAACAAACUAAACGUUGCACUGUUUGCAAGGAACAAGGCUAACUGGAUGGAAGCGUUGGACAAGGAAGGAAAGACCAGGACCCUUUUCGCAGACAUUCUAGUCGGAUCUGCACGCAAAAAUAGUUAAUUAGUUUCUAGGCUGGUUGCCAUAGGAUUAUUUUGUAAGAACUUAGAGUCUAAGUCAUCCUGUAUUUUAUUUGAGCUCGAUUCUCGAGUCUUGUGUUUUAAGCUUGCGGAUUCAAGAUCCAUAGUCUUCACGAUCACAUUCUCUGUAGAAUAUUUCAUGGACUACUGUUAAGUACCAUUCGAAUAUUUUAUAAAACGUUGUAAAUAAAUGUGUGUCGCAGGAGAACGAGGCGAAUGACAUAGAAUAAUCAUGUAUUUCGUGAA